AUGUUAGAGGACGAACUGACACAAUUUGAUAAAAGCAUAAAUGAGUUUUGGAAUAAAUUCAAGAGCAAUGCCAGUGACACCUCCGGUCAGAUGAUGGGACUAAGAGAUGCCUGCAAGGAUUCCCUUAAAGCAUUUACAGAAAAGCUAUGUGUAAAACUAAAGGAAGAAGAACGAAUGAUUGACACGUUUAUGAACUAUCAAAAUCAGAUCAGCAAGCAGAAUAAGCUCAUUGAAGAGAAAAAAGAGAACUUAUUAAAGUUGAUUGGUGAAGUUGAAAGCAAAAAGCAAAAUUUGGAAGUUCUGACUGCAAAUAUCCAGGAUCUUAAGGAAGAAUAUGCUCGGAAAAAGGAAACUAUUUCCAAUGCUAGCAAAGCUAAUGAAGAGAGGUUGAAAAAGCUGAAAAUAUCUGCAGACUUGUAUAAAGAUCGACUUGGAUUAGAAAUUCGAAAAAUUUAUGGUGAUAAAGUACAGUUUAUAUUUACUAAUAUUGACCCUAAGAAUCCUGAGAGCCCAUUUAUGUUUUCUCUGCACCUAAAUGAAGCAAGGGAAUAUGAAGUGUCAGAUUGUGAUCCUCACCUUGAGUGCCUAGCAGAAUUUCAAGAGAAAGUAAGGAAGACCAACAAUUUUUCAGCUUUUCUUGCCAACAUGCGGAAAGCUUUUACAGCUCUGGUUUAUAAUUAA